CUGUGCUGGUUAUCCCGAUGUUCCUGAAGCUGGAGUUAGCGAUAGCGGAAGGUCUAGUGGGCGGGGAUGAUGACCAGUGGCUGGAGCUUGUCGGCAGGUACGACAGGACGGUGGUCCGCUGUGUGGACUUCGAGCAGGCCUGCGGCAACAGAGACAUCUUGAUGUAUCCUUCACGACUAGUUGAAGCUCGCCAGCACGUCCUGGAGGACAUUGAACCCCACGUUCUCAAAAUCCACCCCCUCUCCAAUGACAAGACUCUGUGGCCGAGACCGCUGUCUGACUCCGAGACACAGUUCAACACUCAGCGGGUGCGCCACCGUCAGAGCCCCGAGGCCAAAGGCCCGGCCUCCCCGGUGCUCAGCUGGCCCAUGACGGUGAGCGUCAGGGGCAAUCAGCGGAGCCGCCGCAAGGAGGUGCCGGAAGACGAGAAGUCGCAGAGGCGGGCCUCUGCUGAUCUGUUGUCCGCUAAUGAUGAAGGCGUCCCCGCUGCUGCGGACGAUCUCGUGGUUUCAGAAGAAAAGGCCAGGUACCGCCAAGCGCCAGAAGGUGGGCCAACAAGACAAGACGUCGCGAAGAAUGUAGCAGGUCAGAGGGAGCGCAGAAGGACGCCCUCGCAGGAGCCUCAGCCCGUCAGUGCUACUUCUACUCGCACGGCAGCUCUGAAGCCCAGGAUUAAAGAACCGAAGCAGGAAUACGAGCAUCCACCCUCCGCUUCUAUCAAGCCGUCCCCUGCCCCGACCACCAGGUACACAGGGCUGUCGGAGGUUCCUGAGGACACCACGGCUCUGAACGUAGACGAUUUGUCGGAAUGCCUCAGGAUGCUAAAACUCGACAGUUUCGUCAACGUCUUCAAGGACGAAAUGAUUGAUGGGAAGCUCCUGAUGGAUUUGGAUCGAGGCAUGCUCAUCAACGACCUCGGCAUGAACGAGUUCCAGGCUACAAAACUCCUGAGGUUUCAGAGAGGCUGGCGUCCCAAGUGACGGGGCGUGUACGUGGGGAUUCUAGCAUCUUACAGGAACAUG